UUACACUUACACGUAGUUUCGUCUUUGUGUAAAGUUAUGUUUAAUCAUAAGAUAAAGAUAUGGCUAGUCGCUUACCCAACAAUUAUUUUGAAUGAUAGUUGAUGCAGACUUUAAGUGUUUCUUGUUUGAAAUUUCGUAUAUUUUAUUAAAUUUAUAUGACAAUGGAAGCUUCACGUUUAGAACCUUGUAUUCAAUUACAAUUAUCAAGGGAAGAAUUAGAAAAUGUUGUAGAUAAGGCUAAGGAUUGGGCCCUUAUGCAUGGUAUUAGUAUGCGAUCAAAAGUAUCCUUUAAUAAAAAUCAGGUACAAGUUUUACCAUUUACUUUAUUACCAUCAAGUUUUCCUAGAAAAAAAUUUGAGAAAGCUAAAGGUAUACAAGUAUUAUUGAAUGAACUGAUACAUAAGGUUGCACAUGAUAAUAAUUUUCUAAUAAAAAGUUUAAAAAGUACAAUUGAUGCAGAUCCAUUUACAGCAAAAUUAUUUAACAUAUAUGAAACUAUAUAUAAGGAAGGAUUUAGUCAAACUUUAAGUCUUGGUCUACUUCGAUCAGAUUACAUGUUACAUGAGAAUCAGAUUAAACAAGUUGAAUUAAAUACUAUUGCAAGUAGUUUUGGAGGAAUAGUUACAGUUACUACUCAAUAUCAUAAAUAUAUCUUAUCAGAAGUUGGACAUGCGGAUAAAGUAAAAAAUAUUCCAGAAAAUAAUCCAAUUAAUGGACUCUGUAAAGGGCUAAUAUAUGCAUGGAAAUUAUAUGAUAAUGAAAAGGCUGUAAUAUUAUUUGUUGUUGAAAGUAUUACUUAUAAUGUAUGUGAUCAGAGAUUUCAUGAAUUUGAAAUUUCUAAAAUUAAUCCUGAUAUUAAAAUAAUCAGAAGAAGUUUAAGAGAUUUAGUGUCCGAAGCAAAGUUGGGACCAAAUAAACAAUUAAUAGUUGGAGAUUUAGAAGUUUCUGUAGUUUAUUUUCGUUCUGGUUAUGAAGUUGAAGCUUACCCCACUGAACGAGAAUGGGAAAUUAGAUUAUUAAUCGAACGUUCAAAAGCAAUAAAAUGUCCAUCAAUACAAUAUCAUCUAGCUGGUACUAAAAAGGUACAACAAUCUUUAGCUUAUCCUAAUGUACUUAAUGUACUUUUAAGAGAUGAUAAUACAAUAAAACAAAUACAAGAGGUAUUUGCUGGACUUUAUUCUUUAGAAUUUAAUAACGAAGCAGAAGUAAUAAUUGAUAAUGCUAUGUCAAAUCCUAAAAAGUAUGUUUUAAAACCACAAAGGGAAGGAGGAGGAAACAAUGUUUAUAAUGAAGAUAUAAAGACUCAUUUAGAAUCCAUGAGAAAUUCAGAAGAACGAACAGCUUGGAUAUUAAUGGAUCGUUUUUAUCCUCCUGUGCAAAAGAAUUAUAUUGUACGUGCUCAUAAUGAACCAUUUGAAGAUAAUCAUUUAGAUUUCUCUGAUGUUGUAUCAGAACUUGGUGUUUAUGGUGUCAUUAUAGGAAAUAAUAAUGAUAUUAUAUACAAUGAAGAGGUAGGACAUAUUCUGAGAACAAAACCAUCAAAUGAAAAUGAAGGGGGAAUAGCAGCUGGAAUUGGAGCUAUUGAUAGUCCUUAUUUAAUUAGUUAAUACAAAAGAUAUUCGUAUAGUUGCGAAUUACCGGAUAUAGUUCAAAAGUGGUAAACCAGAAAUAUAAUUGAGCGAAGGUGUGAUCUCAUUUCGUUGCUGAUAUGAUGGAUUUUGGAAAUGAAUACUGCAAGUAGGAUAAGAAGCUAAUAUUUCUGACUAAAAGUGAAUUAUCGAUUAAUUUACCUGAGAUUAUUUUUCUUUGAAAAGCGUGGUUUAAUUUUCUGGUAAUAAAAGUAGACUAACGCAACUACGAUA